CAACACGGUUGCAGUGUGAUGGGGUCGAGGCCGGGGUUGUCGCUUUGACAGCUGUAAUACAGGAGAUAGAGAGAAAUAGAGCGGGCGAGCUUCACCACACUGCAAACCAUGUUCGCCAAAGGCAAAGGCUCCGCGGUGCCCUCGGACGGGCAAGCUCGGGAAAAACUAGCUUUAUAUGUAUACGAAUAUUUGCUGCAUGUAGGGGCGCAGAAGUCGGCACAGACGUUUUUAUCCGAGAUACGGUGGGAGAAAAACAUCACGUUAGGGGAGCCUCCGGGGUUUCUGCAUUCGUGGUGGUGUGUGUUCUGGGACCUUUACUGUGCGGCUCCUGAGAGGCGAGAGACGUGUGAACACUCAAGCGAAGCGAAAGCCUUCCACGAUUAUAGUGCCGCUGCAGCCCCCAGCCCGGUGCUCGGAAACAUUCCCCCCAGCGAUGGCAUGCCCGGCGGACCCAUCCCUCCAGGAUUCUUCCAGGGCCCACCUGGCUCCCAGCCCUCCCCCCACGCCCAGCCUCCAACUCACAACCCUAACAACAUGAUGGGACCUCACAGUCAGCCUUUCAUGUCUCCACGGUACGCAGGAGGCCCAAGACCCCCCAUCAGAAUGGGAAACCAGCCUCCUGGUGGAGUUCCAGGAGGCCAGCCCCUGAUGCCCAACACAAUGGACCACGCACGGCAACAAGGGCAUCCCAGUUUAGGGGGACCAAUGCAGAGGAUGAACCCCCCGCGAGGAAUGGGCCCUAUGGGACCGGGUCCCCAGUCUGAUCCUUGGUUAUCAUUGCAGAACUAUGGCGGCGGAAUGAGACCUCCACCCAACUCAAUAGGUCCCGGCAUGCCCGGAAUCAACAUGGGCCCUGGUCCUGGUCGCCCAUGGCCCAACCCCAACAAUGCUAACUCGAUCCCGUACUCAUCAUCAUCUCCCGGCACAUACGUGGGUCCACCUGGAGGAGGAGGCCCCCCUGGCACCCCCAUCAUGCCCAGUCCAGCAGAUUCCACGAACUCCAGUGACAACCUCUACACAAUGAUCAACACCGUACCGCCUGGAGGCAACAGAACAAACUUUCCCAUGGGUCCCGGCUCUGACGGCCCCAUGGGGGGGAUGGGCGGUAUGGAGCCGCACCACAUGAACGGGUCGUUAGGGUCAGGUGACAUAGAUGGACUUCCUAAGAAUUCUCCUAACAACUUAAGUGGCAUUAGCAAUCCGCCUGGGACUCCUCGGGACGAUGGAGAACUGGGGGGGAACUUCCUCCACUCCUUCCAGAAUGAGAACUACUCCCCCACCAUGACGAUGAGUGUGUGAUUCCUCCCCCUCCCCCACCCAGGACAAGACUCACUCAGACGUCCUCCGCAAGAUCCAAGAGCGCAUGCAAGAAGCAGCCAAACACUUCGGCAAGGCCCCAGGGAGGCAGCCUGAGUUUACUUUCAUGCAAUAAUGUGACAAGUGACGACCGUGAUGAUAGUGGUGCCGCUGAGGGUGACCAUAAACAUGAUGAUACAUGUACAACCUUGAAAUUCAAAUGGCUGGACUUUCUGUGUUCAAUACAAACGUGAAGGACAGUACCCCCCCCCCAUCCCUCUCGCUCCCUGCCCCCCAAAAAACGUGACAAAACCAGCUUCUGAAAGAUGAGAUUUUCAUUUUUAUCGCCCUGUAAUUUGUUUUUUUUUUUUUU